AUGGCUGAUGACAAAUCCCGUGUACCCUUCGUUGCAUUGCCUGCCAAACCAGAAGACAAAGAUGUUAAGCCUAUAGAGCCAAUUUCAAAACCAGAGGACAAACCCAAAUCUCCACUUGGCGCAACGAAGCCUAUUGCACAAACGUACUCUUCUGAUGAAUCUGAUGAAGAGUUCGAUAAACCUAAAAUGGCUGAUGUCAAACCAGGUGUACCCUUGGUUCCAUUUGCUGCGAAACCAGAAGACAAAGGUGUUAAGCCUAUAGAACCAAUUUCAAAACCAGACGACAAACCAAAAUCUCCACUUGACGUAACGAAGCCUAUUCCACAAACGUACUCUUCUGAUGAAUCUGAUGAAGAGUUCGACAUACCUAAAAUGGCUGAUGUCAAAUCACGUGUACCCUUCGUCGCAUUGCCUACCAAACCAGAAGACAAAGGUGUUAAGCCUAUAGAGCCAAUUUCAAAACCAGAGGACAAACCCAAAUCUCCACUUGACGCAACGAAGCCUAUUCCACAAACGUACUUUUCUGAUGAAUCUGAUGAAGAGUUCGACACACCUAAAAUGACUGAUGUCAAACCAGGUGUAACCUUGGUUCCAUUGGCUGCCAAACCAGAAGACAAAGGUGUUAAGCCUAUAGAACCGAUUUCAAAACCAGGCGACAAACCAAAGUCUCCACAUGACGUAACGAAGCCUAUUCCACAAACAAACUCUUCUGAUGAAUCUGAUGAAGAGUUCGACAAACCUAAAAUGGCUGAUUUCAAAUCAGGUGUACACUUCGUUGCAUUGCCUGCCAAACCAGAAGACAAAGGUGUUAAGCGUAUAGAGCCAAUUUCAAAACCAGAGGACAAACCAAAAUCUCCACUUGACCUAACGAAGCCUAUUCCACAAACGUACUCUUCUGAUGAAUCUGAUGAAGAGUUCGAUAAACUCAAAAUGGCUGAUGUCAAACCAGGUGUACCCUUGGUUCCGUUUGCUGCCAAACCAGAAGACAAAGGUGUUAAGCCUAUAGAACCAAUUUCAAAACCAGACGACAAACCAAAAUCUCCAAUUGACGUAACGAAUCCUAUUCCACAAACGUACCCUUCUGAUGAAUCUGAUGAAGAGUUCGACAAACCUAAAAUGACUGAUGUCAAACCAGGUGUACCCUUGGAUCCAUUGGCUGCCAAACCAGAAGACAAAG